UCUAAAAUGAAAGGAAGAGCAUUUGUUAUAUAAUUGAUAGAAAUCGAACAGCUUCUCAAAUAGCCCCUUUUCAAACACACAUUUUCGGUAACAUCGUUUGAAACAGGGAUCGACAGACUGUUGGAAUCUGAGAAAAACGGAUUUCAGUAAAAUCAUUGAGAAAAAUAAUGAAAUGUUGGCUAGAUUUGUCGAAUCAAAUGGCUUGGAUCCCACCGCUGAUCCAACGCGACAGCGAAAAAAGUCUAGAGUGGAGAAAGAAAAUAAUAGACACGCACAACCUUCUCGUAUUAUGGAGAAAAUAUCUCUGAGUAAACCGAUCGAAGAUCGCACCAGACCGAUAUGCUAUUUCGAAAUAGUAAUAGCAGUCAAUUAUCGAAAACUGGGAAACUUGAUUUUCCAAUUAUUCGAUAAUGUUGUCCCAAAAACCUGUCAAAAUUUCAUCUCUUUCUGCAGAGGCUUCAACGGACUUUCUUACCAAGGAACACCCUUCCAUCGCAUAGUACCAGGUUAUUGGUGUCAGGGAGGUGAUGUACAAAAAUUCAAUGGUUCUGGUGAGACUUCUAUAUACGGUGAUACAUUUGAAGAUGAAAGUUUCGAGCUGAAACAUUCGGAAAGGGGAAUUUUAUCUACGUGCGGUUUUGAAAAGGACUCCAAUUGCUCCAAGUUUAAUCUGACUUUUAAGCCCCUGGAAAGUGUUGAUGGUAAACGUGUAGUUUUUGGAAAAGUCAUAGAAGGUCUUGCUACCCUUAAAGAGAUUGAGAGAUACGGAAGUAUAGCUGGCAAACCAACAAUGAAAAUUAUUGUUUCAAAAUGCGGAGUUCUGGAGAACGAUGAGCUUGAAAACUGACAAUUG